AUGCCGUCCACUCUGACCGUCAAUGGCAAGGCCCCUAGCGUUGCCUAUGCCGAAUUAAUUGCUGCUCGUAUUGUGAACGCUUUAGCCCCGAACUCUAUAGCCAUUCAAUUUGUUGAUGAUAAGAAAGCUCCUGCUGCCAAGCUCGAUGAUGCCACUGAAGGUGUAUUCAACAAGAUCACAGGUAAAUUUGCCGCCAUCUUUGACAAUGGCGAUAAGGAGCAAGUUUCUAGAUGGACUGAUUUGGCUGAAAAAGAACUAGUUGUCAAGAACUUUGCUAAAUUGUCACAAUCAUUGGAGACUUUGGAUUCUCAAUUGAAUGUGAGAACCUUUAUUCUUGGUGGUUUAAAAUACUCUGCCGCUGACGUUGCAUGUUGGGGUGCUUUGAGAUCCAAUGGUAUGUGUGGUUCUAUCAUCAAAAACAAAGUUGAUGUCAACGUUUCUCGUUGGUACACUUUACUGGAGAUGGACCCAAUUUUUGGCGAAGCUCACGAUUUCUUGACCAAGUCUUUACAAGAAUUGAAGAAGAGCGCCAAUGUAGGUAAAAAGAAAGAAACGCACAAGGCCAACUUCGAGAUUGACUUGCCAGAUGCCAAGGUAGGCCAAGUGGUUACUCGUUUCCCACCUGAACCUUCUGGAUAUUUACAUAUUGGACACGCCAAAGCCGCCUUAUUAAAUCAAUACUUUGCUCAAGCUUACAAGGGUAAAUUGAUCAUCAGGUUCGACGACACCAACCCAUCGAAGGAAAAGGAAGAAUUCCAAGACUCAAUUUUGGAAGAUUUGGACCUAUUAGGAAUUAAAGGUGAUAAGAUAACCUACUCUUCGGAUUACUUUCAAGAAAUGUUUGAUUACUGUGUCCAAAUGAUCAAAGAUGGUAAAGCUUACUGUGACGAUACUCCGACUGAAAGGAUGAGAGAAGAACGUAUGGAUGGUAUUGCUUCUGCUAGAAGAAACCGUUCUGUCGAAGAAAACUUGAGACUUUUCACCGAAGAAAUGAAGAACGGUACUGAAGAAGGUUUAAAGAAUUGUGUUCGUGCCAAGAUCGAUUACGAAGCCUUGAAUAAGACUUUAAGAGAUCCUGUCAUUUACAGAUGUAACUUAACCCCUCAUCAUAGAACUGGCUCUACCUGGAAGAUUUACCCAACCUAUGACUUUUGUGUUCCAAUUGUCGAUGCUAUUGAAGGUGUCACUCACGCUUUACGUACUAUUGAAUACAGAGACCGUAAUAUCCAAUACGAUUGGAUGCUACAAGCAUUGCGUUUGAGAAAAGUCCAUAUCUGGGAUUUUGCACGUAUCAACUUUGUUAGAACCUUGUUGUCCAAGAGAAAGUUGCAAUGGAUGGUUGACAAAGACUUAGUCGGCAAUUGGGAUGAUCCACGAUUCCCAACUGUCAGAGGUGUGAGAAGAAGAGGUAUGACUGUUGAAGGUUUGAGAAACUUUGUUUUAUCUCAAGGUCCAUCUAGAAAUGUCAUCAACUUGGAAUGGAACUUGAUCUGGGCUUUCAACAAGAAGGUCAUCGAUCCAAUUGCUCCAAGGCACACCGCUAUCGUUAAUCCAGUAAAGAUUCACUUGGAAGGCACUGAAGCUCCACAAGAGCCAAAGGUUGAAAUGAAACCAAAACACAAGAAAAACCCUGCUGUAGGUGAGAAGAAGCUCAUUUAUUACAAGGACAUCGUCGUCGACAGGGAGGAUGCCGACGUCAUCAAUGUCGAUGAAGAAGUCACCUUAAUGGACUGGGGUAACGUCAUCAUCACAAAGAAGAAUGACGAUGGCUCUAUGGUUGCCAAGUUGCAUUUGGAAGGUGAUUUCAAGAAGACUAAGCACAAAUUGACUUGGUUGGCUGACACCAAGGACGUUGUUCCUGUUGAUUUGGUAGAUUUCGAUCACCUGAUUACCAAGGACAGAUUGGAAGAAGACGAAAGUUUCGAAGAUUUCUUGACUCCUCAAACCGAAUUCCAUACCGAUGCUAUUGCUGAUUUGAAUGUUAAGGACAUGAAGGUUGGUGAUAUUAUCCAAUUCGAAAGAAAAGGUUACUAUAGAUUGGAUGCUUUACCAAAGAAUGGCAAGCCAUACGUCUUCUUUACUAUCCCAGAUGGUAAAUCUGUUAACAGGUACGGUGCUAAAAAGUAA